GUGAUGCACUCAAUUAGCGUGACGUAAGACGUCGAGGAAACUGAGAAGCUGUGUUUACGUCGAUGGUUUUUGGUGUUCUGAUUGAUAUUAAAAUCAUCUGGAGCUGAUCUUCAACCAGCAAGAUGGGUGAACGUAAAGGAGUAAACAAGUGGUACCCUCCUGAUUUUGAUCCAGCCAAGCAUGGCUCCAUCAAUGGCUACUAUAAAACUCACCCGCUGCGGGAAAGGGCCAGGAAACUGUCUCAGGGCAUCCUCAUCAUCAGAUUUGAGAUGCCCUAUAAUAUUUGGUGCGAUGGCUGUAAGAAUCACAUCGGCAUGGGGGUUCGAUACAAUGCUGAAAAGAAGAAAGUGGGAAAUUAUUACACAACUCCAAUAUACAGGUUCAGGAUGAAGUGCCAUCUGUGUGUGAACUACAUAGAGAUGCAGACAGACCCGGCCACCUGUGAUUAUGUCAUUGUGAGCGGAGCCCAGAGGAAGGAGGAAAGAUGGGAUAUGGCUGAGAAUGAGCAGAUACUAACUACUGAGCGCAAUGAGAAAGAGAAGCUGGAGACCGAUGCCAUGUAUAAGUUAGACCACGGAGGAAAGGAUAAAGAAAAGCUACGAGCUGCCAUCCCAUCUCUCAAUGAGCUUCAAGAGCACCAGUCUGGAUGGAAAGACGACUUUCAGCUCAACAGUGCUCUCCGCAGGAAGUUCAGGACUGAGAAGAAAGUGAUCGCAGAGGAGGAGGAGAAAGACAACGCAGUACGAUUGAGAACUGGUCUGUCCAUCCCUUUAGUACCGGAAAGAGAAGAAGAUAAAAAGUUAGCAGCACUACUGACCUUCCAGAGUCCAGACUCAUAUGAAGACAAAAAGCAGUGGAAAAGGCAGGAAAUAUCGUCUCGUUCCUGGUUCAAUAGCCUGUCAUCAGCAGCAGGUGGAGCCGCUGGAAGUCUUUUGCAAAAGUUAGGCCAGCAGGGUCGAGGCGCAGCAGUUGUUAAAGCAUUGAGCUCUUCUACACCCACUUCACAGAUACUGGUGCGUAGGAAAUCUGAAAGCAGCAAGUCUGAAACCAACAACACUAUGGCCACUAUUUUGCCAGUUGACACUCAUCCAGCAGCUAAGGACACAGAUGCCACGGACUCACCAUCUCCUGUUAAUAACAUCAAUGUUAGCAUAAACACAGACAUUAACGGCUGCAUUACAGACGCAUGUAAAGCAAGCACUUCAUCAGAGGAGGAAAACAGCGUUGAUUCGUGUGCUGCUGGAAAGUCUCUGGUUGCAGAUUACAGUGACUCUGACUCGGGCAGUGAGGUCUGAUGUAGACCGCAAGGUGAAAUUGUAGCAAAACUUUGAUUCCUAAAUGUAUCAUUCUUCCUAUGGUCAACAAUUAGUCGUUAUUUACUAAAAAAUAAAAUCUUCAAUGAUGAAAAAUGUCAAAUUCAAAGCACUGAUCUUUAAACUUAAGUUUCAUUCAGAUUAUUCUUAUUAAUUUUUUGAUGACAAUUUUCUUGACGUAGGGUUUUGUGGGCAUUUGUAAAUGUCAAAUGGGCAAAAGGAUACAAGAUUCAAUCGUUUCUUCUCCUGUAGUGUGUCGUAGUUCAGGGCAACCAAUGCCAUGUCUGCAGCGUUUCAAGACAUCAUCGCAGAAAUUCAAGCAGGUUUAAUUUUUUUCAAUUGUCAUCCACGCAAUUCCAUCACACGAGUGACUGUUUCCAAGAAAUGAAAGAAAGCUUUGUAGAGUGACACGCUUGGACUACCAUGACAGAAAAAAAGAUAAUGUUGGCAAUCAAUAGCUUUCUGCAGCCUGGUGAGUGAGAUUUGGAAUAUAUGUAAACUAACAUAUCACUCAUUACGUUCUCAAUCAAAAUGCGGUGUGGUUAAAUUUUUUAUAUGAACAUAUCUUUUAAGGUAACUGGUUGUAUACUGCUUUGUAAAAAAAAAAAAAAAAAAAAAGCAUAAUCUGGCACAGUGACUGUCAUAACUGACAACAAAAAUUGUGUAGUCUGAACGGGACAUUAGCUUGUUGAACUGCUUCUUAUAGAUGUCGUAACAAACUCCAUAGCACAAGGGGGCGAUAGAGUUUUACUCAGAUAAACUAAUUGGCUGUGAUUUAUGUACUCUUAACUGUGCUACAGUAUGCUAGAUGAGAUGCAAUCUGUAUAGUGAAUAAAAUUUUGAAUUUAA